AUUGACGUUAUGCGCACCGAUCCACGCAAUUGGGAUACGGGGUUGUAUUUCGUCAUGAAUCUGGUACAGAUAAUCUGUUUAAUCGCAUGAUGAUAACAGCUACCAUGGACAUGUUUAGUAUCGCUACAUAUUGGAUGUAGAGUUUGUAUCUGUCUCACGUGAAAAGAAACUUACUUAUUGGAAGAAAAUAAUUCCCUAUGUAUUAGUCGUAUACAUCUAAGUCAUGUUAUGUAAUGAAAUGAUAGUUCUUGACAUGAGAUUUUGGCUGGAUAUAUCCGGCAAUGUAGUAAAAUUCCAUUCAUUCAGGAAGUGUAAACUUGUCUCUUUUCAUCGUGUUCUUCAGAAACAUAGUUCCUGACAACAUAGUUGCUGCUACUAUCCAACACUCACGCACUGAGAUGGUUGUUCAUGGAAUAAAGUUACAGGACGAUGGCAACUCUAGUUCUGGUUACCUGCAGGAUACUGGUGGUGAUUCCAGGAAGGUCAACCAAUAUGCUACGGCAAAGAAAACAGUGAUGGUUGAUGGGGCAAAUAUCAUAGGUAUACUUACCUACUGCAUUGUUUUCGGUGUGACUCUCAGCCAGCUAGGUCGCCGUGGAGCAGUGGUGACACAAUUCUUUACCGUCGUCAACAUCGUCACCUUCAAAAUGAUCAGACUUGUCAUGUGGUUAUCACCACUUGGCAUACUGUUUCUCGUCAUGGGCCAGAUUAUGUCCACAACUGACAUGACAGAGACUGGACAAACACUGGCUAUCUACCUUGCAACUGAGUUGGCCGGAUUGGCAAUCCAUUCACUGGUGGUCCUUCCAGGCUUGUAUUUCAUCCUGACAAGAAAGAACCCAUAUGCCAUAUAUCUCAAAGCAAUACAAGCUCUGCUGACAGCCUUUGCGACAGCCUCAAGCGCUGCCACACUGCCGGUGACGAUGCAGUGCGUCGAGAAGCGGAUGAAGAUUGAUACACGGAUUUCCCGUUUCAUCCUCCCAGUGGGCGCCACAGUCAACAUGGAUGGCACAGCGGUUUAUUCUGCCAUCGCCCCUGUGUUCAUAGCACAGUACAAUGGAAUCAACCUGUCAUUUGGAGAUGUCAUAAUAAUAAGUUUAACAGCUGUUCUGAGCAGUAUAGGAUCUGCUGCUGUUCCUGGUGCUGGGGUUGCUAUGCUGUUGCUUGUCCUAAAAUCUAUUGCUCUCCCGGAUCGAGGCAUCUCUUUCCUGGUCACUGUUGACUGGUUGAUGGAUCGUUUACGCACCGCCGUAAAUGUGGCUAGUGAUUGCCUGGUCGUAGGAGUUGUCUCCCAUUACACGGAACUUCCUCCGUGUAACCCGUCAGAGACCCAAAGUGAGCAACAACAGGAAGAGCAGGAGAUGCUGGAAAAUGACCUGGUGUGAAGCCAAAACAGCUCCUUUUUCUAUUUUCAAAUUCGUCACAUAAGAAUCCAUGAUCCGUUAAUUACAACUUAAUUUUCAAACCCUGAAAGAUAUAUUUGAAACAGAUGGUUUCACCUGUGGAUAGGGAUUUCUUGUUUCUUGUUUCUUGCAACAAGUGUGUAUUAUUGUAUUGUGUGUGUCAUCGCUUCUUUCCUUAUGAUGAGUGCGUGAGUUUGGUUUAAUGCCACUUUUAACAGUAUUCCAGUUAUA